GUUUUUAUAUUCGGAAUGUCCUCGAGCCAAUCCUGGGUGAUGCACACAGCAGGGUAUCUCGGUAUAAAACCCGGGCCCCGCUUAACGGAGCCGCUCAGAUGCGACGCGUUUCCUGCGCGUGGCGUCGCCAAAAAGCCCUCAGAAAAACGGAAGAAUAAAGGGUUGAGGCGCGCGCCCGCCCACUUAACAUCCAGGAUCAUGCUUCUCAUUAUUUUCCUAAUCAGUGUGUUAAGUGUACUGGGACCGGAGGGUCAGAGCCCGAGCACGACGCUGCGCCCCCCGGUGACCGAGGAGAGCGGUCAGUGCUCGGCCGCGUGCGAGUCCCGGCAGCAGAGUAAACUGCUGCGCCUGCACUCCAUCCGCUCGCAGAUCCUGAGCGCGCUGCGCCUCGAGCGCGCGCCGAACCUCACACGAGACGCGGCGAGACAGCUGGUGCCCAGAGCGCCGCCGCUGCUCGAGCUCCUCAGCCGGUACGAGAGGCAAAAUGGCAGUACGGGCGAGGAUUACGAGGAGGCGGAGGAGCGCGAGGAGGCCAGCACCGAGACAAUCAUCACCAUGGCGACGGAACCACAAAGCGUUUCUCAGACCAACUCCGUCCCACGGUGCUGUUUAUUCUCGCUCAGCCCCAAGAUUUUGCCUGACAACAUCGUGAAGGCUCAGCUGUGGAUCCACCUGCGUCUGGGCAAAGAGGCCACCAGCGUCUUCAUGCAGAUCUCGCGCCUGCAGCCGCCUUUCUACAGCAAUCCCAGACCCAAAAUCCUCUCUCUGAAGAUCGACGCCGACGCCCACACCAACCCGUGGCAGAGCGUCGACAUGAAGCAGCUGCUGCAGGCGUGGCUCAAGCAGCCUGAGAGUAACUUUGGGAUCGAGAUCAAGGCCUUCGACAGCCAGGGGAAAGACUUGGCCGUGACCUCUGCCGAAUCGGGGGAGGAGGGGCUCCAACCCUUUCUAGAGGUCAAGAUCACAGAGGUGCCGAAACGUUCCAGACGAGAAUCCGGCCUCGACUGCAACGAGCGCUCUUCUGAAUCCCGCUGCUGCCGCUACCCGCUCACCGUGGACUUCGAGGACUUCGGCUGGGACUGGAUCAUCGCGCCUAAGCGCUACAAGGCCAACUACUGCUCGGGCGAGUGUGAGCAGGUCCACCUGCAGAAGUUACCGCACACGCACCUGGUGAACAAGGCGAACCCGCGUGGGACGGCCGGACCGUGCUGCACGCCCACCAAAAUGUCCCCCAUCAACAUGCUCUACUUCAACCACCGAGAGCAGAUCAUUUACGGGAAGAUCCCUUCCAUGGUGGUGGAUCUCUGCGGCUGCUCCUGAGAUUUGCCCUGGUUUAAGUUUAAACGCGUCUGAUAGAAAGUCUUUGGGAACCUAGAGGAAUUCUGCUUCAUUUCUAUCACAGUGUCACUGCUCUGCACCUCGCCACAUUUAUCCCUUUAUAGCAAGACUGAAUGUUGUGGAAUAUCUGAGAAACCAGCCAGCUCCUGCUCUCUCUCACACCAUAAACACUCCCUCCCUCACCAGACUCUCUUAUUGCUCGCUUUUGAGGCUAAUAAGAAAAAUCUCAGCUUGUCAUCUUACUGAGCAACAGCAAAAAAUCCCCAAACUCCUCUGUCCUGAAGCUGUCAGAGAGUUCCAGCUUCACCUCUGACUGUUACAAAGCUCUGACACUGGAGAUUCCUUCCAUACAUCUAAAUGUUAAUAAAUGUCUUUUUACUUUCAGAAAACUUCAUCAUACCAACUAUUUUUAAAACCUGUUGAUGAGGAGUGUCCGUUGUUCGAGUCCCGGUGAAGGAGCCGUUACUACAGAAACAAUAAAAAAAUCGAAUUUUCGGACUACCCCGACUUCCCAAAUAGGAUAUCUGAGUUGAAGGCCUGUUUCUUCGUCCUGUGGGAAGUCGGAAAUUUCUGACUAUUAUAGAAGUUAGCUGUAAUUAUUUGAUCGCAGUGUUAACACUUCCGCUUGGUGCCAGCGUAAUAAAACUGUAGCAACACUAACAGGACAAAAACCCCGUUUCCUCCACCGGUAAGAGUUUUAGAUGCGGUCUGCACGUGUAGCCAUGUUUACUGUAAUGUGCUUCAGAUCAGGUCCUGUAAGUAGGGGGCUGUGUAACACUUUAUGGUUUAGAAGCAAAUAUAAAUAAUGUGUUUUAAAAAAAGCAGUUUAGAGCAAAGCUAUGGAAUCAGUAGAGCACCAGAGCAGCAGGUCCUGAUAUAUUAGCUGCAUGAACAACGUAGAGAAGAAAGUUUAUAAUGUGCUUAUUACAGUGUUAGUACAAGUCUUAGUGCAGCAUGAGGGAGACUGUUAGAUGAAACAAUGUUAGAGUUCACAGCAGGACUGAGAUUAGGAGAGGCAUUACUGACGAGAGAGAGAAAGAGUGAGUGACAAUGAGAGCAAGAGUGAGACAGACAGAUCAAGAGUGAGAGCAUGAGUGAGACCAUUAGAUCGAGAAUGAUACAGACUGAGAGCGAGACAGAUGAGAGUGAGACAGUUGCUUUGAUAGUGAGACAGACUGAGAUUGAGACACUUAGAUUGGGACUGAGACAGUUAGAUCAAAGUGAGACAGAUUGAGAGUGAGACAGUUAGAUUGAGAGUGAGACAGUGGGAGAGAGAGUGAGACAGUUACAUAGAGAGUGAGAGCAUAAGUCAGAUUGAGUGAGGGUGCAUGAGUGAGAGUUAGAUUAAGAGUGAGACAGAUUGAGAAUAAGAAGUAGGAGCGAGAGUGAAACAGUGAGAGUGAGACAGUUAGAACAAGAGUGACAGUGAGAGUUUAGACAGUUAGAACGAGAGUGACAGUGAGAGUGAGACAGUUAGAUUGAGAGUGACAGUGAGACAGUUAGAACAAGAGUGACAGUGAGAGUGAGACAGUUAGAUUGAGAGUGACAGUGAGACAGUUAGAACAAGAGUGACAGUGAGAGUGAGACAGUUAGAUUGAGAGUGACAGUGAGACAGUUAGAACAAGAGUGACAGUGAGAGUGAGACAGUUAGAACGAGAGUGACAGUGAGACAGUUAGAACGAGAGUGACAGUGAGAGUGAGACAGUUAGAUUGAGAGUGACAGUGAGACAGUUAGAACAAGAGUGACAGUGAGAGUGAGACAGUUAGAUUGAGAGUGACAGUGAGACAGUUAGAACAAGAGUGACAGUGAGAGUGAGACAGUUAGAUUGAGAGUGACAGUGAGACAGUUAGAACAAGAGUGACAGUGAGAGUGAGACAGUUAGAUUGAGAGUGACAGUGAGACAGUUAGAACAAGAGUGACAGUGAGAGUGAGACAGUUAGAUUGAGAGUGACAGUGAGACAGUUAGAACAAGAGUGACAGUGAGAGUGAGACAGUUAGAACGAGAGUGACAGUGAGACAGUUAGAACGAGAGUGACAGUGAGACAGUUAGAACAAGAGUGACAGUGAGAGUGAGACAGUUAGAUUGAGAGUGACAGUGAGAGUGAGACAGUUAGAAUGAGAGUGACAGUGAGACAGUUAGAACAAGAGUGACAGUGAGAGUGAGACAGUUAGAACGAGAGUGACAGUGAGACAGUUAGAACAAGAGUGACAGUGAGACAGUAAGAACGAGAGUGACAGUGAGACAGUUAGAACGAGAGUGACAUUGAGAGUGAGACAGUUAGAUUGAGAGUGAGACAGAACGA